AUGACGUUUAAUUUUGAUGAUAUCCCCACUGGACAGCUCCUCAAUCCCUACCUCAAUUUUUGGUUCUCGGAAGGUUUCCUUGUGCAGAGAGCCUCUGAAUCUCCGUAUGAGUCCGUAGCCGGAGCACAACUGGCCGAAUUCAUUCCUGCACCUCUUAGCAAUGGCCGGUUCAACAGUACGCACGACCUCGCCAUGAUUAGUGUCGGCCCUCAAAGCUCCAACACAUGCUUCCAAUUCAAUCUGCAAAGCCUGAGCCUGGGCUGCGCGUCGAACAGAACCUUCCAAGACUGUCACUUUUGGAUCUGGGGCCUACGGCACAACUCGACCACAGGUCGGGAAGAAAACGUAGUAGCCAGCCAAGACGUUCCGACUCUAGCAUGUACGAGGCCUCGGUGCAAUUUGACGACCAAGGAAUUCUACGGAUCCUAUAAGAACCUCACUUCGAUUAUAAUCCAAAUCAGGUCAGGCGGCAAGUCGAGACUCUGGUGGGCCGAUAAUUUGGUGGUGGAAUGGGCUGACGAUAGUUGUGCUGCGACGAAGUGCCGUGAGAAGGGAGUGUUUGCUUUGGAGGGGAUCUCGAGCUGA